UUGUUGGGUUUGUGUUUGUGUCUUGCAGGUCGGGUCGUCACACCUCACACUAUGUUGGGUUACUUACCUCACAGGGGCGGCAGUCCUCUUCUCUGCCUGUGGGUGUUGCUUUUGCCCCUGGUCUCCCUGCAGUCCCCUAACCGCCACAGGUCUCCGGAUCAGGGUGUGGAGGACCGGCCCAAGCUGCUGCUGGUGUCCUUUGACGGUUUCCGCUGGGACUACAUUUACCGCGUCCCCACGCCUAACUUCCGCAGCAUCAUGGAGGAAGGGGUGAAAGUUGAGUACGUGGAGAAUGCUUACAUCACCAAGACCUUCCCCAACCAUUACAGCCUGGUGACGGGGCUGUUUGCCGAGUCGCACGGCAUCGUGGCCAACGAGAUGUACGACCCCGCUCUGAACUUGUCUUUCUCCAUGGAGACGGACAGCAUUUACGAUUCAAGGUGGUGGGACGAGGCCGUGCCUCUCUGGGUGAGCAUCCAGAAGGCCGGAGGCCGAAGCGGGGCGGCCAUGUGGCCGGGGUCCGAUGUCGAGAUCCACGGCAUGUUCCCCACGCAGUACCUCCAAUACAACGCGUCCGUCUCCUUUGAAGCCCGCGUGAGGAAGGUAGUCGAGUGGUUCUCUGCACCUGAAGGGGAAGCGGUGGAUUUUGCAGUGCUGUACUGGGAGGAGCCGGACGAGAGUGGCCACAGACUGGGACCACAGAGCCCACUAAUGGACGAGGUCAUCGCGGGAAUCGACGAGAAGCUCGGCUUCCUCUUGAAUGAGCUCAAGAAAGCCGGCCUGUACGAGAAAGUGAACCUCAUAGUGACCAGUGACCAUGGGAUGGCACAGCUUUCUCCUGAGAAGAUCAUAGAGCUGGAUGAGUAUGUGGACAGGGACCUGUACACCUGGGUGGAUAAGAGUCCUGUGGUGGGAAUCCUCCCCAAAGAAGGGAAGCUCGAUGAGGUGUACGGCUCGCUGGUGGACGCCAACCCGAACAUGGCGGCCUACAAGAGAGAGAACAUUCCGGAGCACUUCCAUUAUCGGCACAACAUCAGGAUCAUGCCCAUCCUCUUAGAGGCCAAGGAGGGGUGGACCAUCAUGCAGAACCGAACAGGACACUUCAUGCUGGGGAAUCACGGCUACGACAACACCAUACGAAACAUGCAGCCCGUGUUCGUGGCCCGUGGGCCGGCCUUUCGCCAGAAUUACCUCAAGACUUCCAUGCGCUCUGUUGACCUUUACCCUCUCAUGUGCCACAUCCUGUCCAUCCACCCUCUGCCAAACAACGGCUCUCUCCAGUUUAUUCAGGACCUCUUGUCGUCGGAACCAACUCCCUCCACGGCCACCCCACCACACCAAACCAUCGCUCCUAAGGUUAGCGGCUACUCCUACGCCCCGGUUAUAGGUUCCUUCAUCGGUGUGGUCAUGGUGUUGGGCUUCUUAGUGGUCUACAUCGUACUGGUGACUGUCAAACAGCGGCCCGUGCUAAAACACAGAAGCUGGGAGAUGUCGCAGCCUUUACUGCAAGAGGACUUGCACCUGUAGCUGAACAGAACGGAUGGCAGACGUAAAAGAAGAGCAGUAAUGCUCCCCAAGAUGUUCCCUAACACAGAAGCAUCCCCAUUGUUACACCUCUAAAUACGAUUGUGCUGCUUUUUUUUGUUGAUCUUAGGGCAAGAAAAUCUAAUCUAACCUCCUAAUCAGGUAUAGAGACCGAAUAAUUGCCACAUUUGCAGGGUUUGCUUCUGGUUUAGGAUUAACUCAAAUAAUAAACCUUUAAAUGUGUUCUUAGUGGCAUUUCUUUGAUUGUGAGUUUUACCAAAUAUCAUGUCGACAUUUACAUUAUCACUUAAAACAUAGAGAUUCAGUACUAAGAGUGGAAUUAUGGCUUGUGGUUUUAUCAAAUCUGGACAUUGAUGGCCCUUUUCCACUGGUACUUGCUCAGUGAGGCUAGUUAUUUUUUGGUUUUCCCUGCCAUUGGCCCUACUCGACCAAGUAGGUGAUAAAGUCCUAGGGGAAAUUCCCUGAUAGUUUUAACAACGCAGCAAGAGUGCAAAUGACUAUAGACUGGAGCCAGCAUCACAAGGUAUACUAUUGCAGUGUCAUUUUUUUCUGCAUUUUGUUUAAAGUCGCAUAAAAAAAACACAGGACUUCUAGGCUGGCUUUCUGUAAUCAUGCCAAUGACAUUGACUUUAUUCUCCCUUGUGAGGGAAAACGACCCAAACCAAGUCGAGCUGAGUUGAAUAAAGUCGAGAGUCGAGUACCAGUGGCACCAGUGGAAAAGGGCAAAUAGAAGCCACAUCUGUGACUUGGAUAAGAUCAAGAUAAAGUCUUUCUAAAGAAAAAAAAACAACUGUUAACCAAAAGUGCUCAUAGUCAUUCUUCAGAGUUCAUGCUUUUCACAAAUCUUUAAUGGUAAUUCUCGUCAAGUCAACGAGCGUCCUUGUAGACCACCUUGUGGAGGUCUCUGUCUGUAGUAAAAAGUUGUACUUGGCACUUGUGUUUUUCUGUAUGUGUCCCUAGAUAAGAUAAAUGUUAGACACGAAGCCGCUGAGUUGCACAAGUUGCAAUGCUACGAAUGCAGUGUUAGCUAUUGCCUCUAAGGCAACUAAAGCUAACUGUGGAGCCUUUCUUUUUUUUCCAUUUGUCCUUUUUAUAUUUAACUGAAUGUCCUUUUAGAUUCAAAGUCUGUUCGAUUAAAUGCCUCAGUUUUUAGCUCAGAAUGAUUCUGAAUGGAACCACAUCUACUCUCUCCGUUUGAAGUCUGAAAUCGAUUUCAGGAAAAAACUGAUUGGCCUUUAUUGCAGCACUCCAGCACGUUCACAGAAAAGUGUAGAACUGCGCACACCUUCAGACAAUCUUACCCUAAAGGCAUUCAUAGUGUAUCUCAGUUGUAUGCAAGAAAAUAUAAGUCAAAUUAAGAAAAGGGAAUGUGGGCUGGGAUACAAAGUUCCAGAGGUUUUUAAUGUUUUAGCUGUUGAACUAUGGGCACAUGUGAGCCAUGCUGACCGCUCCGCAGCUCAACAGCGGGAGUUUAAGAGUUUUCGACAUUUUCAAAUCUAUGCAAAACGGAUUUGUAUGUCUCGAAGCAAAGACGGAUCGGUUCGUUGUCCGAGCACCGAACAGGAUGUUAUUUUGAACUAUAAAUGCUGUGAUUAUUCUAAAGUAUUCAGUUGCCUCCUGUAGUUUCAGGAGGCUGGCUGUAGAUACUGUUUCCCUUUUUUCCACUAUGUGUCCGGCAACUUCUCACGUGUGGACUUCAUUCUAGGAGCAAAUCACAUCAUUACUUUGUUAUUGCUUGUUUUUUUAGCAGUCGGUUACCAUUUGCCUUUAAAAAAAAAAAAACCUUAGAAGCGUUUGUUUGUUUGUGUGCCAGUCAAAUUUUUUUUUUUGUGUAGAAUUUGCUUUUAGAGGGCACUUUUUUCCCCUGUAAAGAUGUCUACAUAGCGCCCUCCUUGUCAUUUGUUGGCUUGUCAUAACCGUGACCAUAUUGUUGGUGAAACGUGAAGUGCAAUUGCUAUUGGUCCGUUUAUUGUCUUAGGGAUUUUAGGUUUUAUCGUUGUUUGGUUGAGAAGACUUGUGCCAACGUGACCUGCUAGAACUGAACCCCUAAUUUGCACUAAAGGAUUGAAGCGAGUGAGGACGAAGGGGCGUUCUUUGGAGGCUUUGUAGAACAUGCAGCUGAUUCUUUGCACUUAUACUUUGUCGUCAGUGUUUGCAACUCUUACAAGAAAAAAAGGUCAGUGCCUCUUGCUUAAAGAUUUUUUUUGAUUGAUGUAAUUAUAGAAUUAGACAGAAGAUGCAGAAUCCAAAUGAAUUACUCCUGAUAUUUCUUUCCACUUUGUUCAAGAAACUUCGAGGCAUUGAAUUACACCUGUGGCCAAAAAGAAAUGACAUCACUGUGAUAUGUGCUUUUUAAAGAGGCUGAAAUUCAUAUAUUUAAAACAUUUCUAUGGGAAUUGCUAACUUUCUGAUCGCUUAAAUGUUUUAGUACGGAAAAGUGUUAUCUGACAAUUAUUCCCUUGUCGGCAGAGAAAAAAUAUAUCCAGACUAUAUUUCAAAAUUAUUCUUUUAAAAUUGUUUUGAAAACAAUUACUAUUAUCAGUGUGUUAUUUCCUUGGAUUUGAGAUGUGGAAAUUUAAUAUGACUGACAAAUGAUCUAUCUUUCCCAUGUUGGUGCAAUUACAGAGUCUUCUGAAAAUAAAAGGACUUAUACAAAAAACUCUCUUCUGUGUUUUUUUUUUUUUUUUCUUAAGUCACGCUCUUGUAGAA